UCACUGCUUCAUUUGCUGUCGGUUGUGAUUUUCUAAUAUGCCUUCAUUUAAAUUUCUGCAGCAAUUUCUAGAGCCGUUCAAACCGACUGCAAAGAAACGUGGAUCGAAGAAGGCAGCUGCUUCAAACACCGUUGACCUUCCACCCAGCAAGCUGAAGAAUAUACAUCACUUUGUGCGUGGUACGUGGCAACACGGGUAUGCCCAAGCUUGGACAAAAGUCCGGAAGGUCUAUUUUCCAUAUAAUCUGAAAGGGUCUCACUGGGUUGCAAUCGAAAUUGAUUUCGUCAGACAUACUGCAACUGUGUAUGACUCCUAUGUUGAUUUUACCAAACGUUCAAAGCUGGCACGAGUGCUGUACGAUAUGCACUUUUAUGAUGAUUCUGAGGUUGAAGAGGUGAAGCAAAAGGGGCUGACGAUGUCGAUGUAUACGCCAUUCUCAGUGUGCAGCAUGGCAGAUGUGCCACAACAACGAGAUGGGUAAGCUUUGUGAAUUUAGUGCAGUUUAUCCAAAUUUUACAUAACUGCAGUUCUAAUUUCCCAACUUAUUGGCCUCACAGUACGUCUUGCGGAAUCUUGACCGUCAAAUUCAUCGAGCAUCUCAGUGCUGGGAUUUCGGUAGAUAAAGUUGACCCUUUG